AUGGCUUAUAUCUCUCCUUUAACAUUCACUCCAACCACCUUCAGGAUCUCUUCACCAAAAAGAUCCAAGCAUUCAAUCCCUACUCCUGUUUCAUGCAAAACUACAAAUGAUCAUGGUCCCCAAAACCCUACCACUAGAAGAGCUGUCCUCCUUGGUUUAGGAGGUCUUUGUUAUGCUGUAGACAAAACCAAGAGAGGGAUAACGGAUUUUGGCCAGGGCAAGGUAGCACAAGCAGCUGAAGCAAAGAAUAUGGUAUUGAUGCCAAUCAGUGCAUUCCCUUUAGAUUUAGAUAAAGUGGUAAGUACUGAGGUUUCAAGGCCAAAGAAAUCAAGAAGUAAAAAGGAGAAAGAAGAUGAAGAGGAAGUUUUAGUGAUAGAAGGGAUUGAUUUUGAGAGAGGUGAAUUCGUGAAGUUUGACGUGUAUGUUAAUGAUGAUGGAGAUCAAUCACUUAGAGGACCGGACAAGAGUGAGUUUGCUGGGAGCUUUGUGAACGUGCCUCAUAGAAUUAGGACCAAAAGGACAGCUUGUUUGACACUGGCGAUCAAUGAACUGUUGGACGAUUUGGAAGCUGAAGGUGAUGAGAGUUUGGUUGUGACUUUGGUGCCUAGGUCUGCUAAGAACCCUAUUAGUAUUGGUGGUGUCAAGAUUGAGUACAUAAAAGAUUGA